CUGUCUUUUUGAAUGGGUGAAUAUAUAUCAGGUUGUAAUCUCAUUUAUCAAAGUCUCAACCAAAUAUCACCCAAUUGUCAUAUUGAAAUGACAUAGUGUGCCCAGUGGGUAGUUCAUUGUCCAGGAGAGACAUCAGCAUUUCGGAUUUGUUUCAAUAGCCACUAACAUUAGCCACUGCUAACAUUAGCCACUGCUAACCAACAAACAACCGUGUCCAACAAAUUAAUGAAUUUUAUUUAUGGAAUCUGAAUUUGGUCAUCAACUUUGAGCUUGCCCCUUUUUUCAUAGCAGUGUUAGCCCAAGUUAGCAGUGGCUAUUUAAACAAAUCCAAACCGUGUAUGACAGUUUCUCUGUGGAUGAUGGACUACUUUCAGGGUAAAUGCAACAAAGUGAAGAUAUCCUUUAAUGUUAUUGUUGUUUCAUAGUUAUGGUGACCUGAAUUAUAAUACAUUAGGGCCAGAGAGUUUCUUGACCUUGUGACCAAACCAGGAAAAAUGUAUCCUAGUUGAUAGUUAUUCAGCCAACAUAAUUUAUUAUGGUUAUUGCUACAUACUCUGUGCUUCAUGUUGUCUUGCAACUUCCUAUUCCUGCCAGGUCACUCCCAUCAUGUUGAUGGUCCAUAGCAUGACUUUUAUUCUCAACUGCUAGGUUCUUCCUCAAGUUCAGCAAUGUACGAGAUAAAGAUGUCAGGAGUGGUUGUACAGGCUGUCACAGGGGACAUUACCAAAGAAACUACGGAUGUCAUUGUCAACUCUUCCAACUCCUCCUUCAGCCUCAAGUCAGGGGUUUCUAAAGCCAUUCUGGACGCAGCUGGUCCGACUGUGGAGACUGAAUGCCAACAACUCGGAGCCGAGGCUAACGAAGGCAUGAUAAUGACAAAGCCAGGCAACCUGCAGUGUAAGAAGAUCAUCCACCUGGUUAACCAGACAGACACUAAGAAGAUCCAGCAGUCUGUUGAAGGUGCACUCAAAAUGUGCACACAGAAUAACUUCACAUCCAUAUCUUUACCUGCUAUUGGCACGGGCCAAGGCAACAUACAGCCGAGUGAAGUGGCAGACGCCAUGUUGGAUGCUGUUGUGGAAGUGGUGUGCAAGAAGUCGCAGAACUCCCUGAAGCUUGUCCGAAUGGUCAUCUUUCAGCCUGCCAUGCUUACUGAUUUCCACACAAGUAUGCUUAAAAAGGAAGGCACUGACGCUCAGGAAAAGGAGGGCUUCUUCCAAAAUGUUUUAUCAUUCUUUACCAGAAGGAAAGUUGAUAAUGCACAACAGAAUGAAGUCAUUGAAAUUGAGAGCCAGGACAUGGAUCCUGCUUGCUUCCACAUCUGUGGUGUGUCGCAGGCCCAUGUUGAUCAUGCCAAGCAAGUGAUCAAGGACCUGAUCGUGAAAGAGCAAGACUUCAACCUCAUCAAUGACAAAGCCCUCUUCAGCCUAUCAGAAUUGGACCUGCAGAACAUCUAUGACAUGCAGACCGCCAUGGACGUGAGAAUAAGUUUUCACAAAUCUUCCCAAGAGGGGGCUAAACUCACCAUAGAGGGCCUCAGCAAAGACGUGCUCAAGGCUUCCAAUGAGAUCCAUGAGAUGCUGAAAAAGGUCCGGCCCGAAGAGACUUUUAAAGAUGUCCCCCAGCACUGGGAUGACAUGCCAGCCAACACUCCAUGUCUGUCAUUCCCCAUUCAACCUGAAACCCAAGAGCAUAUUGACGUCCUAAAACUAUUUGAGGAAACUUGCAAGAAGAGUGUUCUAAAGAUUGAGAGGAUCCAGAACAAAAGCCUAUGGGGGGGCUUUCAGAUCAAGAAGAAAGACAUGGAGGCCAGGAACGGUCACCAGAACAAUGAGAGGAAGCUCUUCCAUGGAGCCUGCCACACAACCAUAGAUAAGAUUAACGAGCUUGGCUUCAAUCGGAGCUACGCUGGGAAAAAUGCUGCAUUGUAUGGAGACGGCACCUACUUUGCUGUAAAUGCAGAAUACUCUGCCAUUGACAAAUACUCCAAACCGGAUCCCCAAGGCCAGAAGUACAUGUACCUAUGUCGAGUUCUGACUGGAGAUUUCAUAACAGGAACAUCGGGGAUGAAAGUACCUCCAACUAAAAGUACCACAAGUAUUAAUCUCUAUGACAGUGUGACAGAUGGUGUUUCUCCACCAUCCAUGUUCAUAAUCUUCCAUGACAGUCAGGCAUAUCCUGAGUACUUGAUCACUUUCAAGUAGGGGUGGGGGGGCGAUGUGGCCAAUACGUUGUAUUGAUCUUUUACAACUUUUUGAUCAUACAUCAUAAAUGACAUCUCAAUAUGUAAUUAGUUAUCUGUAACUCAUGUGGUUUAGCUGAAGUGUAAUAUCCAAAACCAAAAUCCCACUGGGCAAAAGCUGGUUGAAUAAAUGUUGUUUCCACGUCAUUUCAACCCAAAAAAUCUGUGAAGACGUCUGAAUCAACGUGGAAAACUGAUUGGAUUUGCAAAAACAGAUCAACGUAAGGGCAUUUUGUCUUUUUUUCACCCUACUUUUAACCUAAAUCCAAUGACAUGGUGACAUUUGUUGUUAACAACUCAACCAAAUAUAAUCAAAACUAGAAAUGUAACUAACGUCUGUGCCCAGUGCGAUCUGCUUUAUAAUUCAAAUGCUCUUUUUGGUAUUUAAAAAAAAAACUUGUGACAUGCUCUAUAUUGGAAUAUUCAGUCAAGUCAAACUCAAAAUGUUUAGAUAGUAACAAUUUCAGCCUAGAAGGUUUUGUGAUUUUUACUGAUUCCAUGUCCACUUUGUUUGAAUGUCUAAAACAUCACCAGAACAUCCAACUUCACAAAAAUAUUGAAUCACAUUCCCAGACAGCACAGAUUCUGUAAAAUCCUGGGCUAAAAGGCUAUUUAAAUGGAGAUUCUCCAUUGAACAUGCUUUUUUAGUCCAGGACUAGGUUUAAUAAUCUCUAUCCAGGAAACCAGCCCUUAGUGUUUUCACUUGAACAGUAAGUCAUCAGGUUUUGUGAAUGUUCACUUCAAGAAAGUAAUAACCUUUGGCGGUUCUCAGAGUACACAAUUCUUACAAAGUGGGUCAUAUAAACCAUGGUUUUUGCCUUGUUGCAUGCACAUAUUUGGAUUAUCAAGCCUUUCGGUUAAUGAAUAGUGAAUAUGACUGUUCUGAUAAAUCUUGUGAUAAUGCUUCUUUCUGUUGGUCUACAAUAGAUGUAAAAAUAAAGCUAAAAUAAAUAUAUUGCAUUAA